GAUGGCUUUGCAGACAUCGCUACACUGGUGGAGGAUACUCACCUUCCAGUGGUCCUAAAUUCCUUGGAUGAACUUGAUCAAUUCAAAGGUCCCAAGGUGAUCCAAACCAAAGAUACCAGAGCCAUCAAUUUGAACAAGGUGCAGAAAACAAGUGUCAUUAAUGCUCCCUCUGAUCAAGACAGGAAGAAUAAACAUGAAGCCUCUGAGCUGAUCAGUGGUGCUCCCAUAGUCAAAAUCCAGCCUGAGAGCCCAGAUGGCAUGUUCGUGGGAGAAGUGGCUGUUUCCAAUGCUGCAGCCAGUGACAGAGCUCCUGAAAACAGGGCCAAGAAUUCUAACAAACCUCAGAAAGCUGCCCCCAGCAGGACCAGCAAAACCAAGAGCCAUGGGCAAGAAAAGGCCAAAAGAACCAGAGAAAACAACCCCAAGAAAACUGAAGAGAGUAAGCAGUCAGGGAACAAAGUCAAGGCAGAGGAG